GAGUGUCAAAACCGGGAUGGAAAAGUGUAAAUAAACUGUCAACAGCAUAAUAGUUUUUUAAAUAUUUUCUUUCAAUCUUCUGAAUAAAUAUUUAUAUUAUUUAAAAUUUUAUAAUUUAUUACCUUAUAUAAGACAACUAUAAGUUAAAAACUGUGUUAUUUGUUAUCUGAAUUAUCACAUUAAUUAUAGUUUCAAACGAAUCUAUUAUUUUGUAAAGUUGAGGUUAUCUUUGACAUUUGAUAAGUGAAGGAGAGUCACGUAAACCUUAUUGAUAAUAAGUUUGUUAAAUUGUUCAAAUUAAUUAAUAUUUAAUGAUGAUCGAAAAUAAAUUAUCAGAAAUUGAUGAAUUAUUUUUAAAAAAUAUCGGAAUAGGCGUAAGAAAAACAGAUGAUCCAUUUUUAAAUGAAUCUCAUAGAGUCUGUAAAGUUUUUCAACGAACUGGAAUAACGACUGAUGACGAGGAACAAUUUUUCCAUCAAAUGAUGAAAGAAUUCAAAUGCAAUGCACCAGGAUGUGAAUUGAAAUUCGAAAAUCUUUUAGAUUUUGAAAUCCAUUACAAUAGUUUUCACAGAUAUACUUGCGCUGAAUGUAAAAAAACAAAAGCUAAUGCACGAUUAUUAGAAAUUCAUAUUGAAGAAAAUCAUGAUAGCUUUUUUAAAGUAUCAUCAGAUAAAAAACCUAUGUAUCAAUGUUACGUCUCAGACUGUCACAUUAAAUUCAAAAAUCCUGAAGAAAGAAAACAACACUGCAGUGAUGUUCAUAAAUUUUCAAAAUUAUUUAAAUACGAUGAAGCGCCACAAAAAAAAAUAAAGAGUAACAUAAAGUUUGAAACAGCAAUGGAAGUUGAUGAGGAUAAAAAAAAUCUAGAAACAUUGAAAGAACCUGAGAUUAAUUUGAACAAAGGAUUAAAAAUUGAUUUGAAUAAAAAUCAAAAACUCAGAACUUUUACGUCGCAGUGUAAAAGAAAAAUUAAUAAUAACUGUAAUGCAACUGGGAAUAGUUCAAUGUCUUUAACUCCUUCAUAUGGACAAUUAUUAACAUCAAAAGCGAAAACUACAUCAUCAUUAAUGUUUAUUCCACGGCAAGUAAUUCAGAAUUCACAUAAAAAAAGUCUUACACAAAAAAGCAACAUCCUUGAAAAUGAUGAUUUAAUGGAGUUAAGUGAUGCUUUACCUCUAGUAUAAUUUUAAAAUUACAUAUAUAUUUAAGUUAUAUAUGAUGUAAAUAAAUAUUUUUAUACAUAAGAAAUUCUAUUUAUAAAUAAAAUUCAAGUAAAAUAUUUAAUUUGAA